CGACCCCCCGAUCCGUCGCAAAUUCCCGCAAAUCCUGCCCGAAUUCCCCCAAAUCUCCCUCCACACGUUCCCCAAAUUCCCCCCAAAUCCCUCCUAAAUUUCCCCCAAAUCCCCCUCAAAUUUCCCCAAAAUCCCCCCCUCAAAUCCCCUCAAAUCUCUCCCAACCCCCCCCCAAAAAAAAUUUGGGGAGCAAAGGGAGGCCCCCACCCCUCAACCCCUCCCUGAACAAAAGGGAUUUUAUGGGAGGAGCCUGACAGGGUUUUUGGGGGGUCUCUUUUCAGACGCAGUUGUGGGGUGACCCCACAACCUCCCGGGACCCCCAAAAUUUGGGGUCACGAUGCAGGAGAACUAUGAGAACGUGAUUUCCUUGGCCGAGGAAAUUGCCAUCAGCUGGCCCCGGAUCACGGCCUUUGCUGAGUCCCACCGCAGACGGGGCUUGGUGUCAGGUGUGGAAGCCGAGGGGGAGCAGGGCCAGCCCGAGCCUACCCAGGUGGCCCCCCCAGGGGUCUCCGGCGAUGGGGGGGUGAAUCCUGACCUCCGGAGGCAGUUGGGGCUCAUCCUCCAAACUGCCGGAAGGACCCAGGUGGAAAAGAUGCUCCGGGAGCUCGUCCGGGAACAGGGACAGGGUGGGAAGCGCCGGAACCGCAAGAAGACGCCCAAAGAAGGAGGUGCCGGCGCCGGCAGCAGCACCGAGGAUGAUCCGGCACCACAGGACGAUGAGAAGCCACCGCCAGGAGACGCCGCUCAAAACCAAGACGAGGAGCCCGCUGCCGACUCCCCCGGUGCUGGUAAAGCCCUGGGAGGCCGGAAUGUGUCCCAGGGCAGUUGCGCCAAGUGCGGGAGCCCGGCCAAGCCCCGGCGCUGCUCCGAGUGCCACCGGCGCUGCCGGCAGCCGGAGAAGCCGCACCGCUGCGGGGACUGCGGGAAGGGCUUCAGCCGAGGGUCCAACCUGGCCCAGCACCGGCGCAUCCACACCGGGGAGCGCCCGCACCGCUGCGGUGAUUGCGGGAAAGGCUUCAUCCAGCGCUCCGACCUGGAGCGGCACCGGCGCGUCCACACCGGGGAGCGGCCGUACCCCUGCGGGGACUGCGGCAAGCGCUUCAGCGUCAGCUCCCACCUGGACCGGCACCGCCGGACUCAUACCGGGGGGCCCGGCCCGCCCUCCUCCCAGCCGCGCCCGCGGCCGCGCCCGGCGCCGCCGGAAGCGCCGGUGGCGGCUCCUCAUCGCUGCGGGGAGUGCGGGAAGAGUUUUGCCCAGCGCUCGGCGCUGGCCAAGCACCGCAAGACGCACAGCGGGGAGAGGCCCCACCGGUGCGGGGACUGCGGCAAGAGCUUCAGCCGCGGCUCCAACCUCACCCAGCACCGGCGCAUCCACACCGGCGAGCGGCCCUUCGCCUGCGGCGACUGCGGCAAGGGCUUCAUCCAGCGCUCCGACCUGGAGCGGCACCAGCGCGUCCACACCGGCGAGCGGCCCUACACGUGCAACGAGUGCGGCAAGAGCUUCAGCGUCAGCUCCCACCUGGACCGGCACCAGAAGAUCCACGCGGCGCAGCGGGCGUCCUACCGCUGCCCCGAGCACCUCGCCGGCUUCCUGGCCGCCCACCGGCAUGGCCGUCUCUUCCAGUGCGCCCAGUGCGGGCGCUGCUUCGGCCAAGGCGCCGCCUUGCUCAAGCAUCAGCGUGCCCACGGAGCCCACGGCGCUGCCGUGGCAGCGCAGCCCCCGAAGUGCCUGGACUGCGGGAAGAGCCGGGGCUGCCGAGGGCAGCAGUGCCUGGACUGCGGGAGGGAGGCGGAUCCCGGCGCGGCGCCGGCAGGCGCGGAGAAGCCCUACAAGUGCGGGGAGUGCGGGAAGGGUUUCGGGCAGCGCUCGGCGCUGGUGAAGCACCGGCGCAUCCACACCGGAGAGAAGCCCUACCAGUGCGGGGAGUGCGGCAAGGGCUUCAUCCAGAAGUCCGACCUCACCAUCCACCGGCGGAUGCACACCGGGGAGAAGCCCUACAAGUGCGGGGAGUGCGGCAAGUGCUUCAGCGUCUCCUCCAACCUCAUCACCCACCAGCGGACCCACCUGGGCGAGAAGCCCUACCAGUGCUCCGAGUGCGGCAAGAGCUUCAUCCAGCGCUCCGAGCUCACCAUCCACCAGCGCGUGCACACCGGCGAGAAGCCCUACAAGUGCUCCGAGUGCGGCAAGUGCUUCAGCCGCAGCUCCCACCUCAACCGGCACCAGCGAACCCACGGCGGGGACAAGCCCAAGGCGGCGGCCGCCGGCGCUGCCGCCGUGGCCGCCGAGAUGCCGCCGCCCCGCCGGGCUCCGGGGCUUCCCGGCGCCGCCUUCCCGGCCCGGUGGCCUCGCUGGGAGUCGUUCCCGGCGUCGCCCUCGGCGCUGCCCGUGCCGGCGCUCUCCGGCCCGGCCCUGGAGCUGCCCUGGGCGCUCUCAUUCCCCGGCCGCGCCUUCGCCCACCCGUCGUUCACCCCGGCCCCGCCUGCAGGUGCCCAGACCCCCUCGCUCAUCAACUGA